AUGGAGACUUUGGCUCCGCCGUACAGCAAGCAUGCCCGCGUGCGAGAUGAAGAAGUCCCUCCAGAAUCGGCCUUUUCCGUUGUUGAGCCGCCGCCAGAUCUGUCGACUAUUACCUCGCAUACCCACAUCCCUCUGAACACGGAGGACACGUUCCCCGAUGGUGGCAAACAGGCGUGGUCGGUCAUCAUGGGCUCAUUCUGCCUGUUGAUGGCAUCGUAUGGCCUCAUGAACUCGGUUGGAGUCCUGCAGAACUACUUCGCAGAUCACCAGCUGUCCCACUACUCCGCAAGUGAUGUCGGAUGGAUUCCCGGACUGUUCGUAUUCUUAGGACUCAGUCUGGGCGUCCAGGUGGGGCCCAUCUUCGAUCGUUAUGGACCGACGGGGGUCGUCAGUGCGGGCACAUGUUGUUACGUCGUCGCUCUAGUCUUGCUGGCCGAGUGCACGCAGUACUGGCACUUUGUCCUCACCUUUGGCAUCCUCGCUGGAUGUAGUGCCGCUCUGCUUGCUACGCCGGCUAUGAGCACUGUGGCGCAUUGGUUUCAACGCCGCGUGGGGUUAGCUAUGGGAAUUGCCAUGGCCGGUGCUGCCUGUGGCGGCGUCAUGUUCCCGCUUGUUUUGCGCGCUGCUUUCGCGCGUUUUGGAUACAAAUGGGCCAUCCGGCUCCUGGCCUUGAUGGUCUUCGUGAUAUGCGGACUGGGGGUAGCCUUAUUGCGAUCCCGUUUGCCUCGGGGACAAAGCAAAUCAGCCAUCAACCUGCGAUGCUUCAAGGACUCCCGGUUCAAUUGGCUCACGCUAGGGAUGUUCAGUCUUGAGUUGGUUGUCUUCGCUGGACUGGGUCUAUACCCCACAUAUGUGAUGAUGCAGGGCUAUAGUUCCAACACUAGCGCCAUUCUCCUGUCAAUUCUCAACGUGGCAUCGUUUGUCGGCCGACUUUCCGCCGGUGCUGUGGCCGAUUCCUAUGGUCGCUUGAACACGCAAAUAUUUCUCAUCGGGAUGGGAAGCAUUACCAUUUUCGCUGUUUGGCUCCCAUUUGGCAGCAGCCUGGCCGGUCUCUACGUGUUCAGCGUGCUAUUUGGCCUGGCUUCCGGCUCGUUCCUCAGUUUGGCUCCGGUCUGCAUUGGACAGAUCUCCCAAGCGAGCGAAAUCGGCGGACGUUUUGGCACAUGUUACUCGAUUGUUAGCUUGGCAACGUUGAUCUGCAUUCCCAUUGGCGGUGAGAUGCUCGAGAAAGUCGGAAAGCAGGCGAUGGUGGCAUAUCUGGGCAGCAUGCUGAUUCUUGCCCUGGGCCUCUUCGUCAUGGCACGAUGGGCUUGUUUGAACUAUCGGUGGAGCUGGGCAGCGAAGCUCUAG